CAGUGUCGUAACACAGCGGGUCAGCGUGUUCGCAGUCAGAUCUGAGUAUUUACGAUUUAUUUAUUGAUCAGCUGUUUAAUUAACUGUUGAUUGACAGAUAAACGCUCCUGGCCUGAUCAACCGACGGAGUCCUGACAGAUUGUGACGUCACGGCGUCAGCACUUCCUGCCCAAUCAGAGAGCUCCUCCUGUCCCUGUACACCUGGAGAAGAAUCCCAACAUGAUCUGAACACAAAACAGGACCAAGCACCUGGAUCAGGAUCUGGAUUUGGCUUUUCGAGCUCUGCAGCAACUCUUUGUGAUUAAAGUCGGCAUGAUGUCCUGGAGCAGCACCUAGUGGCUGUUUGGGGGAACUGCAGCAUGACCUCUGUUUGCUCCUGAGUGAAGUCCAUCCGUCUGAUGUCCCGGCACAGUAAACUACAGAAGCAGAUCCUGGAUCUGUACCGGCAGUUCCUGCGUGCCGGACAGACCAAACCGGGCUUCAUUCCGCAGAUCCGACAAGAGUUCCGAGCCAACGCCUGCAUCAAGAAGACGGACGUGAUGCAUAUCGAGUAUCUGUACCGGCGAGGACAACGACAGCUGGAGCAGCUGAAGGACGCCAACACCAAGCAGCUGAGAUCCUUCUCCAAACCCAGAGACCCGAACUGAGCCGCCAGGGUCACGUGACCACGAACUAACUGUCGUGUCAUUUAUGGCAGAAACCUGCUGCAGUGAAGCUGUUCAGAUUUGAUGUUUAAAUUUCUCCCUGAUGGUGGUGCUGUUGUAAAGUCCAGUGUCACUUUUUGCUCCUGAAGCUGAGGACUGACGUCAGACAAAAUAAAAAGAGACAUGAAUUAUUAGCAAGAGGUUAACCUGCUUUAAACUAGUUUUAACUAAUUGUAAGUUUAACAAGUUUAAGUUAAAUCACCAUUUAAAUGACUGUAAAGCAGCUUUGUU